CAGACAGUGGAUUGAAAUUUCUAAAACCGUCAGAGUUGUCAACAAAUCUCUGGAGUUUGAUAUCAUUUGUAUCGAACAAGCUCACUUACAUGCACAAAAACAGCCUCAGUUGUGCUCAGAAAAGCUAGUUUAGAGCGCUAGUCACUGUUAGCAACGCGCUUGGUAGAAGUUUAGAGCUCUUUUCUCUGAUCCGUGUCGCUUUAGCUGGUUAGCGUAGCUCCUACAGCCGCCCGGAUGCGUUAAAACCCUGCAGCUUUAGCUUCAGCUUCGGCCUUCCGACGUGCACAAGCGGCUUCAAUCAUGUCAAGCGCUCGGCAGCAACAGGCUAGCGGUGUGCCGGGAUCAGUUCCCGGGACGAGCUCUGGAAGUACAAGUAGCAGCAGCGGCGCCGGCGGGGCGAACAGCGGCAGCAGCGGCGCUCAGAACUGCAACAGCUCCGGUAACGGGGUGUACUCUCGGACUCUGGGAUCGGGAGCCGAGGGACAAAGCGCUCGACUGGCGUCGUCGAGCAGGAAAAGACCCUAUUAUAACGGUCUGAUCAAUCCCUAUGAAGAUAAGAGUAAUGAUUUUGUGUGCCCCAUAUGUUUUGAGAUGAUAGAGGAAGCUCACAUGACAAAGUGUGGUCACAGUUUCUGUUAUAAAUGUAUACGACAGAGUUUAGAGGACAGCAACAGAUGCCCGAAAUGUAAUUAUAUAAUUGACAAUGUGGAUCAACUCUACCCCAACUUCUUAGUAAAUGAACUGAUCCUGAAACAGAAACAGAGAUCUGAAGAGAAGCGUCUGAAACGGGAUCACCCUAAUGGAACCAAAUGGCAGGUUUUCCAGGAUGUUCUUGGCGCAGAUCAAGAGAACAUGGAUUUGGUGAAUGUAAACUACAUAUUAGAGUACCUGUUGCAAAAAAAGAAACAACUAGAGGCGGAAUCACAAGCUGCUCAGCGCCAAAUCUUAAUGGAAUUCCUAAAAGAAGCCAGAAGAAAUAAAAGAGAGCAACUGGAACAGUUACAAAAAGAACUUAACUUUUUGGAAGAGGAUAUCAAACGAGUUGAGGAAAUGAGUGGUAUGUACUCACCAGUGAGUGACAUGGACCCCAACUUGGACAGUACUGUCCCACAGUUUGAAGCCCCCUCUCCUGCACCCAGCAGUAGCAUAAUAGAUCCCACAGAAUACAUUCCUCCCCCUUUUGGUGGAAGCUCACAGGGUAAAAGACAAACAUGGUACAACAGCACGCUGGCAUCACGGCGAAAGAGACUCACAGCACACUUUGAGGAUCUAGAGCAGUGUUAUUUCUCCAAUAGGAUGUCUCGAAUAGCGGAUGACAGCAGGACGGUUAACCAACUGGAUGACUUCAUGGAGUGUCUAUCCAAAUUCACCCGUUACAACUCUGUGAGGCCUCUGGCCACCCUCUCUUACGCUAGUGACCUCUAUAAUGGCUCCAGUAUUGUGUCCAGCAUUGAGUUUGACCGUGACUGUGAUUACUUUGCCAUUGCCGGUGUCACUAAGAAAAUUAAAGUGUUUGAGUAUGGAACUGUGAUCCAGGAUGCCGUGGACAUUCAUUAUCCUGUCAACGAGAUGACGUGUAACUCUAAAAUUAGCUGUAUCAGCUGGAGUAGCUACCACAAAAAUCUGUUGGCGAGCAGCGACUAUGAAGGGACUGUCAUUCUUUGGGAUGGGUUCACGGGGCAGAGGUCAAAGGUGUAUCAGGAGCAUGAAAAGCGAUGUUGGAGUGUGGAUUUCAACCUUAUGGAUCCCAAGCUCUUAGCAUCAGGAUCAGAUGACGCAAAAGUUAAGUUGUGGUCCACCAACCUGGAUAAUUCAGUAGCCAGCAUUGAAGCUAAGGCCAAUGUAUGCUGUGUCAAGUUCAGUCCAACCUCUCGAUAUCACCUUGCCUUUGGUUGUGCAGACCACUGUGUGCAUUACUAUGACCUGAGAAACACUAAGCAGCCCAUCAUGGUAUUCAAAGGCCACAGGAAAGCAGUGUCCUAUGCCAAGUUUGUCAAUGGAGAAGAGAUUGUGUCUGCCUCAACAGACAGCCAGCUCAAACUCUGGAAUGUGAACAAGCCCCAUUGCUUGCGCUCCUUCAAAGGCCACAUCAACGAAAAGAACUUUGUGGGUCUGGCAUCUAAUGGAGAUUAUGUAGCAUGCGGAAGUGAAAACAACUCACUGUACCUGUACUACAAGGGGCUCUCCAAGACGCUGCUGACUUUCAAGUUUGACACUGUGAAGAGUGUCCUGGACAAGGACAAAAAGGAGGACGACACUAACGAAUUUGUCAGCGCAGUGUGCUGGCGAGCACUACCUGAUGGGGAGUCAAAUGUGCUGAUUGCAGCCAACAGUCAAGGAACAAUCAAGGUGUGUAGUACUGCAUGAAAAUCCAGGUACUUGAACUGGUCUGAAGGUUCACUUGAAUCAGUCGUCAGAACCUUCUAAAGAACUGUUGCUUCACUGGCAGUUUGAUACAAGGGCACUAAAGCUUGGGAGAAUUGAUGCAAAAAUUUCCAAGGAAACAACCAGCAGAACUGGUUUAUAUCAUCACUAUAUUUGUAAAAGACUUGACCAUUCUGCGUUGUCAUACUAUCGCUGUAUGUGAAAUGUUGAGAUGAGGACUUGUUUGUGCUAACAGGGAGAUGAACUUGAAUGCCUCUUUUUGAAUAAAGUUGUUUAAUAAUGGUA